UCUGCAUAUUAAUUAUAUUAUAAAUCCAUCAUGGAGGAAUCGCUCUGAAACCGCGGGAUCGUCUUAGUCUCGCGAGAUUUGGCGGCGGCAGCGGAGCCAUUUGAACAAACGGCGGCGAAGCGACUCGAUGUUUUCUACAUGAUGGAGUCUUGUUUAGCCUGGAAGCCGGAGCGAGUGGGACCAGUGGUGGUGGAUGACAUCAGGAGAGACCUGCUGGGGGAAUUUGCUGCUCUCCCAGCAAAGGGCGUUGUUCAGUCGCAGUCAGAGAACCUGCAGGUCUACCUGAGGGUUCGACCGUUCACUGCAAAUGAGAGCGGCAACGGAGAGUCACAGGAGUGUGUGACCAUUGAGGGGCCGGACACCGUGGUCCUGAAGGCUCCCAGGAGCUGUCAAUCAAAGUCCCUCCCACAGACAGCACAGAGGUUCAGCUUCACGCAGGUGUUCGGUGCGGAGGCGAGUCAGAGGAGGGUGUUUGAGUGUUCGGUUCGUGGUUUGGUCCAAGGUGUUCUGGAAGGAGGGAACUGUCUGGUGUUCACGUACGGAGUCACCAACGCUGGAAAAACCUUCACGUUCCUCGGUCCGGAUCAUGACUCAGGUCUGCUGCCCAGGUCUCUGUCCAUCAUCUUCAACAGCAUCGAGGGGCGUCUGUACGCUCGGUCCGACCUGAAGCCGCAGCGCUGCAGAGACUUCAGCCGACUGACUCCAGACCAGCAGGUGGCUGAGAGCAGCAGCAAGAGGAACCUGCUGCGGCUGCUUAAAGAGAGUGACAAAAGUCUGACGUCUGGACGGUCAACGUUUCUGGAAGGCUCGUCUCUCAGCACCGACAGUAUGAACAGUGUCUCUGAAGCCGACAGUUUCUGUCUGGACGUCGAUUCAAACAUCCGUUUCUCUGUCUGGGUUUCAUUCUGCGAGAUUUACAACGACAACAUCCAUGACCUGCUGGAACAGGUUCCCGGAGGUCACCACAAGAGGACGGUGCUGCGUCUGUCUCAGGACGUCAAAGGAAACUCCUUCAUCAAAGACCUGCGGUGGGUCCAGGUGAACAGCUCUGAGGAGGCGUACAGAGUGAUGAAGAUCGGGAGGAAGAACCAGAGUUUCUCAUCCACCAAACUGAACCAGGCGUCGAGCAGGAGCCACAGCAUCUUCUCCGUCAGGAUCCUGAAAGUGGAUGAUGUCGGAGUUCCCAGAGUCCUCGGCAUCAGCGAGUUGGCGCUGUGUGAUCUCGCCGGGUCGGAGCGUUGUUCUCGGACUCACAACACUGGAGAGAGACUCAAAGAGGCGGGAAACAUCAACAUCUCUCUGCUGACGCUCGGGAAGUGCAUCAACGCCAUGAGACUCAACCAACACGCCAAGUUCCAGCAUCACAUUCCCUUCAGGGAGUCCAAACUGACCCACUUCCUGCAGUUCUUCUUCUGUGGUGCUGGACGCGUCUCAAUGGUUGUCAACAUCAAUCAGAAUGCUUCCUGCUUCGACGAGACUCUCAAUGUCCUCAAAUUCUCUGCACUCGCUCAGAAGGUGGUGGUGUUGAACUCCAGGCCCGUGGUCCCAGACGACGCCCCCCACAGGUCGGCCAUGGAGCUGUCUAUGAUCAUCGAUGAGGCCGACCAGCGCAGGAACGUGUCGGGCCGGGGCAGGAAGAGCUCGCUGGUCGCCUGGGAGACGACCUUGGAGGAUGUGUUGGAGGAUGAAGAUGAUGUGGGGGAGAGUGUGAUGGAGGGAACUGUGCUGGAGGCAGGAGGUGAGGACGACGAGGGGGAGGAAGAGGACGGGACCAUGGAGGAAGAAGAGAAGUCGGACAGGGAGGCGGCGCUGCGUUUGGUCUUGGAGGCUCAGAUUAGAGAAGAAGUCAGCUCUGAGUUCAUGGAGCUUUUUAACAAGAUGGAGAAAGAUUACAGUGAUCGUCUGGAGAAGGAGAGGGAAAUCCUGGAGGAGCGGGCGGAGAGGCGAGUAGAGAUCCUGAAGAAUCUCGUUAGUAAGACGGUGGACCUCUCUGCUGUAAACGCCGAAAGCAACAAGGAGGAACAGGUGGCUGUGUUGGAGGGAAUCAUCAGCUCAAUGGGCGAAGACCUGGAGAAGAUCAAAGAGGACGCACAGAGCGUUCAACACUGUCUGAACAGACAAACGCACACUGGAGAGCUGGAGGCGUUGCGCUUGGAGAAGCAGCAGUCACAUGAUCAGCUACAGGAAGCUCUGGAGAGUCUGGAGCAGCAGCGACAGAAGCUCUCAGAGCUGAUGGACAUGUGUGGGCAGAAAGACAACGUCAUCAACAAAGUGCAGGCGGCCAUGGACAAGACGGUGGAGGACGCCACUCGAGACAGAGCUCUGGUGGAGUCGAUCAGGUCGGAGCUGCUGCAGCUUCAGGAGACGUGUCGCUGUCGGCAGAGACAAGAGGAGGACGAGGAGAGGGAGAAGAGGAUGGAGGAGGAGCUUAACGAGAGGUGGAGGAGGAGAAGGGAGGAGGAGUUUGUGGAGUGGAUGAGGGAGAUGGUGAGGAGACAAAGGAGGGAGAGGGGGGAGGAUGACAAGGAAGUCGGGGAUGUGGCGAGGAAGGACCUGGAGGAUGAGCUGUUGAGCCGACAGAAGGAGGUGGAGAACUUGAAGCAGGGUCAGCUGACGCAGAUGGUUGACGCUCUGAAAGAAGUGGAGUGUGUUGAGUGUCUCUCGCUCUUUUCCUCUCUGGAGUCGCAGCAGAAAGAAGCGUCCCGGCUGACAAAGGAGAACAAAGCUCUUGUUAACGGAAUCUUCCACCUGCAGACGGAGAUGACCAGCAUCCAGAAGCAGCUCCAAGAGAAGACUGACAGUUCUGACAGCCUAUCAGAGCAGCUCAACAGCACACAGACCCGCCUCCAGGAUCUGCAGAGCCAAUCAGAAGAGAAGAGCAGAACCAUCAACAGUCUGACAGAUGGAAUGGAGACACUGAGACACAGAGUGGAGGUCUCUUUGAUGGGAUCAGUGGUUUAUGUAACUGACCAGGAGGGGGAGGGGCAGAGUGUUUUCCACACUGCCAUGGACGAGCUGAAGAAGGAGAGCGAGGCGGCGCUGGAGAGAUCAGCCGACAAAUCACAACAGAUCCAAGAUCUGCUGAGAGAGAAGAGUGGACUGCAGGAAAAACUGAUGCACAGUGAGAACAGGUGUAAGGAGCUCAUGGAGGAGCUGGCCAAUCAGAGAGCAGAAUUCUCCCGUCUGAGGGCGGAGCUGGAUUCAGAGGGCGGUGCCCUGCGAGGCAGGCUGGAAGGGAGGAAGAGAGAAGAGCGAGAGAAACCAGAUUUGCAUCAGAAGGUGAACGUGGAGGCAGAGGAGAGGAAAGGGUCGGUGGUGGAGGAGCUGAAGGAGGAGAUGCAUAGACUCCAGGAGAAGAAGGGGAGACGAGAGGGGGAGGAAGAAGAAGGAGGGAGGAGCAAGAAAUAUGAGGAGGUGAAGAGAGAGAUGGAGAGACUACAGAGACUGAAGGAGGAGAGAGAGAAACACAAACAGGACGUUCAUGUGUCUCCUCAGAGAUCCAACAUGGCCGACAGGAAGAAAAUCAAAACCACUGGGAGGAAGAGGAAGAGCUGCGAAGUGGAGGAGCUGGUGACCAGUGAGAACAAGAGGAACAAAGUGAGAAGAAAUGCACAAGGUCCUCAUCAGUCGGCGGCGGUUAAGAGAGACGGCGGCGCCCUGCAGAAGAUCGGAGAGUUAAUCCACAGCUCUCCGUCCAUCCUGGGCAGCAAAGGUCAGAGAGUUCAACUUCCUGUCACCGUCAAACCUCAAACAUCCCAUCAACACAAACACAGCCCCCUGGUGGACAUUCACAAAACUAAAACCAUCAUCGGCCUCGUCAGCGGACACUCCGUGGAGAGGGAGCCGGUUACCACGGCGACCAGACCCCGGCGGGGACGGAGGAAGCUUUAUAAAACAGAUGCUUCGUCGCCACUGUUUGUCUCUCCGCACAUGACGUCCGUCGGAGCGGAAGAGGAGAAGGAGAGUGAUCACCUGAUCAUCAGGAGACAGCUGCGCUCCAAAACCUGCAGGAAGUGAGCUCAUCGUCUCGUGACAUCACUACGACGGUUUUUAAGACAUCAGAAGAAUCAAAUCGGACACUUUUCUUGUGUUUGGCUAAAUUACUGCACAGUUCAUGUUCAUGUUUGGUCUGAGGAUGAUUUUUAGAUAUUUACUUUGUGGUUUCAGGACCUUUUUGUUGUCGGGGUCAAUAAAGCGAGAACGUUGAAUCUUUCAUUUGAUAAAAAAAAAUAAAAACGAUUCUCCGCCUCC